GCAUUGCUUGACGUCCCACAGAACGUACAAUCAAUGCGUACGUAAGGGCAAACUGUUGUUCAGGUUCAAGAAUGGCCGAGCAAGUUGUAGCCACUACGAAAGGACCACUCCAGCGAAUACUGAUGUUGCUGGGCAUUCACAGCCUAUUUGGCAGUUUGUUGAUGUUCCUGGACAGGACUCUGAGGUCCUGGGGGAUACCCAGAUGGCUACCCUCCUGGUGCCCCACCUCUCAGAACCAGCUACAGGCCGCUGAGGAGAAGAUGUUACAGUGCAUCACCACUAAGUUCCACCGGCAGUAUGUGCCCAUCUUGGACGGCAACAUGCUCUGGACAAUAGUCUUCAACGACAGCAUCAAAGACAAGACCCCCAUGGUUCUCCUCCAUGGCUUCGGGGGCGGUUUGGGCCUGUGGGCCCUUAACCUGGAGGCCCUGUCCCAACAGCGGCCCGUCUACGCUCUGGACCUGCUGGGCUUUGGCCAGAGCAGCCGGCCCCACUUCCCUCUGGACGCAGAGCAAACAGAGGCUCGCUUUGUGGACUCCGUUGAGCAGUGGAGGGCCAGGGUGGGCCUGGAGUCCAUGAUCCUGCUGGGGCACAACCUGGGAGGCUACCUGGCUGCCUCCUACUCACUCAAACACCCUGACAGGGUGAAGCACAUGGUUUUGGUGGAACCGUGGGGCUUCCCCGAGAGGCCCGACACGGCUGAGGAAAACCGGCCCAUCCCAGUGUGGAUCAAAGCCCUGGGGGCCGUGAUCAGUCCCUUCAACCCCUUGGCCGGGCUCAGGCUGGUCGGCCCGCUCGGUCCUACUCUGCUGCAAACUCUGAGACCAGACUUCAAGAAGAAGUUUUCCUCCAUGUUCAAUGACAACACAGUCACAGAGUACAUCUACCACCUCAAUGUCCAGUCUCCCAGUGGGGAGACGGCCUUCAAGAACAUGACUGUUCCGUACAGCUGGGCUAAGAGGCCCAUGCUGCAGAGGGUGGCCCGGAUCCGGCCAGACGUCCCCAUCACCGUCAUCUAUGGCACACGCUCCAGCAUCGACGGCAGCUCUGGCAGCACCAUCAAGGAGCUGAGGCCAAACUCCCACGUGGAGAUCAUGUCCAUCCGUGGAGCCGGCCACUAUGUGUAUGCAGACCAGUCAGAGGACUUCAAUCACAAGGUGCUCCAGGUGUGCUCCAGGGUUGACUGAGGAGGAGAGGGGAGGGGAUGGAGGAGGGGCUUACCUCAGUCAGACAGGUUCCCAGCAGCCAGCUUCCUUUUACCCUAGUACUCACCGGAGAAGCAGGACAUGGGAUAAGACAGACCAGUAUUGCUUUUUAAUGCCAGUUCAGGUUUUUAAUACCAACAGUGCGCUCCAUAACGCACACCAUAACGUUUCUGGUCAACGUUCUAUGACGUUAGAGGAAACAUUGGUAAUCGUCCAUGGUGGCUGGUAUAGCGCUGGUAUAGCGCCAGAAGAGCGUUGUGUGGACGCUGGUGAUGCUGGUCAUCGUCGGUGAUCGUCGGUGAACGCUGGUCCCCCAAAAAAGUUUUCAACAUGCACUAAAGUUGUCAUGGAGACCAGCGUUCUUCAACAUUUAAUUUUAAACGCUGGAUAACGCUGGAUAACGCUGGAUAACGCUGAUGAACGUUUGUGGAACGUUGGACUAACGUUGCACACGUUUGGCUAUCGUUAGUCAGUCGUUACCCUAGCGUUACUUGGUUGUUAGUCAUCGUUUUGCGAAAGCAAACGUUGUUUUUAUCGUUUGCUUUCGUCACACGUCGUCGCAACCCAGUGACAUGUCUUCACACGAUAAUAGUUUUCAGGGGUGUCUUACUUCGUCGCUGUUACACGCUCCUCAUGUGUCAGUCCCACGCUAGUCAUGCGUUAUAGUCACACGUUAGUUGCACGCCAGAUGUGUCCACCUUGUCCUAGAAUGCUCGAAAUUGAACGAUUAGAACUUUCAGAGAACGUUAACCAGAACGUUACGGUGUGACGGAGCCUUCACUUAACAGUACCUGCUAGAGAUCUAAAUAUAAGAGGAUUUUAACUUGAUUACCUGCUUUGCCUUGUUAUUGUAUGACAAGGUAAACAUUUAUUUUACAUUGCUCCUUUAAUUUAUCUGGUCCUUUUUACCUUUUUGUGUGUAUGUGCCAGUGAUUUUGAAUACAAUUAUUCAACAGUUCUUUUUAGGAUGAUAUUGCAUUUAUUGUAGUCAAUUCUACCUUUGACCAGUUAUUUUUAUGUCCUUUGAACUGAGUCAGACAAUCUGAGCCUUUAUAUUGAUGUUUAAAGAUUAAAAUAAACUACAUCAAUACACUUUAUAAAGAUAGUCUGACACUCCGGUAAUAUGGAAUUGCAUUCCAUAGUAACUGAAUCUAUGUUUCCUCUGUGCUGAUAUGGCUGACACUGUGUAAAAUGUCAUUCAGAAUAAUCUCGACAGUAUAUGCUGUCUCUGCAUGGUCUUGUGUGUGUGUGUGUGUGUGGGUGGGUGCGUGGGUGUUUGUAUGCGCUAAUCUGUGCUCGGUGUGUAAUUUGGGUAUUGAUAUUCUGGUACCCAAAUUUCCUUAUAUAAUUUUAUCUAUUAACAUAUCACAGUUUCCAUGACUUUGGCCAUGAGAUGACCCCAGAAAUAUCUUGGAAUGCCUUUUGAUUGAAUCCCAGAUCUACCUCACUCCACAGCACUGCCACAGUGAAAGGGCUUUUCUGGUGUACCUAUUCAUAGGGAUACACUAUGUGGUUAUCUAAACGGCAUUUCAAUAAACAUGAAAUAAGGUUUUCGUCAGAUUGGCAGACUGCGGUAAAUUAUCUUAGACUGUUUGCUGAUUGGGUAUGUUGCUAGUUUUACUUGAGCUCUGCCUGCUCUGUGGACAUCAUGAGCCGAAGGCUGAGCUUCAAAUGUCUCACUGAGAUUUUUGGGUUUGCCAUUACCAAUCACUGUUUGGAAUGUUUGCUAUUCUCUCCAAUUGUGACAAACCUGUUCAUAAGUGAAUAAAUGAAGAUAUUAAUAUGA